UUUCAAUUUUGUGAAAGACGGACGACAAAUAUAUAGUUUAGCAGUAGUCAAUAAUUAGAAUUUAAAAAAAAAAAAAAAAAUUGAAAGAAUAAAAAAAAAUCAGAGAAAAGUCUUCAGUAGAGCUUGAUGACGAUGGCAAUGGACGCUCACCAUUGGUGGGGUUCUUUGUUAAUUUUGGUACUGGUGUUUUCAUCUUACGAUGGAACCAGUUCCUUCAGCGUACCCUUAACAGAUAUGGAAGAAAUGGCCCUAGACAAAUGCAUGAGUGGACUAAACAGCGAAUUAGACCAGCUUAUAUCCGACAACAAGGAGGUCCUCUGUGCUAUAUCAAGAAGAACUCAAACCAAGCUGCAAAAGAUGCGCAUGAAUUUUUCUUCUCCUAACACGACAGCAUCACACACUAGGUCCAAGACCGGUUCUGGCACCGGAAAUGGUACCUACACAGGCCCCGGUAGUGGCACCUACACAGGCACCGGCAGUGGUACCUACACCGGCCCCGGAAGUGGUACCAACACAGGCACCGGGACAGGAACUAGCUCUGGGACGGGGUCUGAAAAUGGGCAUGGAUCAAGUGAUAUGGAGACUGAACAGGACAGUCUGGGAUGUUCGUCGACCCAAACAUCGGCUCUGACAAAUGAACAGCUUAUAGAACGUGUCCAGGAGCUGGAAAAGCGACUAAGGAACAUGACGUCAAUUAGUGGUGUCUUUCAAGCAUCUAAGGCGUGUGCCGCGAGCAGUGUACCAAAACCACAGAACAUGUCGGAGAUGGUGGAUCACAAGUUCAGGGACGUUGCACAUACUAUGGUGAAGUUCGGAUACGACGCGGUGGCUGCUUUGGCAAAGAAUAUGUCGAUCAGCUGGGAGGAUCGAACCACCCUGAAAGCUUGUUACCAGCCACUGAUUAACGUCAUGAUGUCAGUAUUCCGACCCGAGAUCACGAACAAACUGACGUGUGCUGCCAGAGUGCUGCAGAUUUCAUCAAACUUCAGUCUGCCUGACGUAGACAGCGUUUUCCCUGCUACUCCACAAACAACGCCAACCUCGCUCAACUGCAGUCAGUUUCAGUUUGAGGGAAAGUCUCGUGAAGACGUCGUACAGGCCAUCUCUGGAGACGUAUCGGUCCUGAUGAAUAAGUUCUCUCGUCCAGCGACCCAGCAGGCCAUGGAGGCAGCUAGGAAUUGUGUCAUGUCCAGCUCCGUUUCCAAUAGGGCUGCCUCGUUAGCUCUCAACUCUUACUUGGAACAACACGGUCAACGCUUUGAAGGCUUUUUCCGAGCUGUAUACCCCAACUCACACUCGGGGGCAGUGGAUGGGGAACCUAGUGGAGGACACGAGCGGUGUUCUGCUGGCAGUUGUAACAACGGUGGAACAUGUGACCAACAAUCUGGUUACUGUCGCUGCAUGAACAACUACUUGGGAGACUCUUGUCAAUUCAAACCUAAUUCCACGAGCACUCCCUUAACAGACUCGGAACAAAUGGCACUGGACAACUGCACGGCUGGACUCAAUAGUGAACUAGACCAGUUUAUGUCCGACAACAAAGAGGUGCUGUGCGCUAUAUCAAGAAGAACACAAACCAAGCUGGAGAAAACACGUAUGAAGUUUUUUGGAAUUGGAUCCAAAAGUCAUACAAACACAGGAACUGGCAAUGAUACCAACACUGGCACUGGAAGUGGUACCAACAGAGACACUGGAAGUGGUACCAACACAGGCACUGGAACUAGCUCUGGUACGGGGUCUCAAAAUGGACAUGGGUCAGGUGAUAUGGAGACUGAACAGGACCAUCUAGGGUGUUCUUCGAGCCAAACAUCAUCUCUGACAGAUGCACAACUUAUAGAACGUGUCCACGAGAUUGGAAAUCGGCUUAGGGGCAUGACGCCUUUCAAUGGUGCCUUUCAAAGAUCCAUGUCAUGUGCAGCGAGCAGUAUACCCAGUCGUCCAGACAUAUCACGGAUCGUGGAAGAUAAAAUGCGGGAGGUCAGGCAGAAAGUGCUGAAGUUUGGAUACGACACAGUGUCUGCUUUGGCAAAGAACGUGCAGAUCAGCUCGGCAGACCGGACAGCCUUGAACGCUUGUUACAAGCCAUUGGUUAACGUCUUGACGUCAGUAGUUCCACCCGAAAUGAUCAACAAAUUGACGUGUGCUGCCAGAGUGCUGCAGAUUCCAUCAAACUUCAGUCUGCCUGACGUAGACAGUGUCUUCCCUACUACUCCACAAACAACGCCAACCUCGCUCAACUGCAGUCAGUUUCAGUUUGAGGGAAAGUCUCGUGAAGAUGUCGUACAGGCCAUCUCUGGAGACGUAUUGGUCCUGAUGAAUAACUUCUCUCGUCCAGAGAUCCGGCAGGCCAUGGAAGCAGCCAAGAAUUGUGUCAUGUCCAGCUCAGUUUCCAAUAGGGCUGCCGCGUUCGCUCUCAACUCUCACUUGGAACAACAAGGUCAACGCUUUGAAGGCUUGUUCCGCGCUGUACACCCCAACUCAACCUCGGAUGAAAAUACUGGAAAUCAUCGAGGUAUUUCUGAAAGCGACCGGAUGAAAUUCAAGAAAUGCUUUACCGAGUUCAAGUCAGUGAUAAAUUCGAAAUUACAAAAUAACCAGUUGUCAAAGGUGAUGUGUGCAGCACAAAAAUUAAACAUGCCACUUGACCUAAAUGUUGCCGACGUGGAUAAGAGAUUUGCAUCGAAUGACCAAGCUUCAGGAAUACGACAAAAGGGUAACUGCGAUGCACAUCGGUUUGAUGACAUGGAUGAUGACGAGGUGAUCCAGUCUCUUCAGGAUUCUGUGGGUAAUAUAUCUUCAGAUUUUGGAGAAGAGUUAUCUCAAAAGUUUAACUCGGGGAUGCAGUGUUUAAGAACCAACAAAUUCGAAAACGACGAGGUGGCCAAUGCAUUUAGAAAUGAGUAUGGUGAACAAGCAGAGCAAUUUGAAAAGUUCUUCAGGCGUGUUUGGGCAGUGGAUGGGAAACCUGGUGCAGGACAUGAGCGGUGUUCUGCUGGCAGUUGUAACAACGGUGGAACAUGUGACCAACAAUCUGGUUACUGUCGCUGCAUGGACAACUAUUUGGGAGACUCUUGUCAAUUCAAACCUAAUUCCACGAUCACUCCCUUAACAGACUCAGAACAAAUGGCACUGGACAACUGCACGGCUGGACUCAAUAAUGAACUAGACCAGUUUAUGUCCGACAACAAAGAGGUGCUGUGCGCUAUAUCAAGAAGAACACAAACCAAGCUGGAGAAAACACGUAUGAAGUUUUUUGAAAAUGGAUCCAAAAGUCAUACAAACACAGGAACUGGCAAUGAUACCAACACUGGCACUGGAAGUGGUACCAACAGAGACACUGGAAGUGGUACCAACACAGGCACUGGAACUAGCUCUGGUACGGGGUCUCAAAAUGGACAAGGGUCAGGUGAUAUGGAGACUGAACAGGACCAUCUGGGGUGUUCUUCGAGCCAAACAUCAUCUCUGACAGAUGCACAACUUAUAGAACGUGUCCAUGAGGUUGGAAAUCGUCUUAGUGGCAUGACACCUUUCAAUGGUGCCUUUCAAAGAUCCAUGUCAUGUGCAGCAAGCAGCAUACCCAGUCGUCCAGACAUAUCACGGAUCGUGGAAGAUAAAAUGCGGGAGGUCAGGCAAAAAGUGCUGAAGUUUGGAUACGACGCAGUGUCUGCUUUGGCAAAGAACAUGCAGAUCACAUCGGCGGACCGGACUGCCUUGAAAGCUUGUUACCAGCCAUUGAUUAACAUCUUGACGUCAGUAGUUUCACCCGAAAUGAUCAACAAACUGACUUGUGCUGCCAGAGUGCUGCAGAUUCCAUCAAACUUCAGUCUGCCUGACGUAGACAGCGUCUUCCCUGCUACUCCACAAACAACGCCAAACUCGCCCGACUGCAGUCAGUUUCAGUUUGAGGGAAAGUCUCGUGAAGAUGUCGUACAGGCCAUCUCUGGAGAUGUAUCGGUCCUGAUCAGUAACUUCUCUCGUCCAGAGAUCCGUCAGGCCAUGGAGGCAGCCAGGAAUUGUGUCAUGUCCAGCUCCGUUUCCAAUAGGGCUGCCUCGUUCGCUCUCAACUCUCACUUGGAACAACGAGGUCAAAACCUUGAAGACUUGUUCCGAGCUGUAUACUCCAACUCAAACUCGGGGGCAGUGGAUGGGAAACCUGGUGGAGGACAUGCGCGGUGUUCUGCUGGCAGUUGUAACAACGGUGGAACAUGUGACCAACAAUCUGGUUACUGUCGCUGCAUGGACAACUACUUGGGAGACUCUUGUCAAUUCAAACCUAAUUCCACGAUCACUCCCUUAACAGACUGGGAACAAAUGGCACUGGACAACUGCACGGCUGGACUCAAUAGUGAACUAGACCAGUUUAUGUCCGACAACAAAGAGGUGCUGUGCGCUAUAUCAAGAAGAACACAAACCAAGCUGGAGAAAACACGUAUGAAGUUUUUUGGAACUGGCAAAUAUACCAACACUGGCACUGGAAGUGGUACCAACAGAGACACUGGAAGUGGUACCAACACAGGCACUGGAACUAGGUCUGGUACGGGGUCUCAAAAUGGACAUGGGUCCGGUGAUAUGGAGACUGAACAGGACCAUCUAGGGUGUUCUUCGAGCCAAACAUCAUCUCUGACAGAUGCACAACUCAUAGACCGUGUCCAUGAGGUUGGAAAUCGGCUUAGUGGCAUGACACCUUUCAAUGGUGCCUUUCAAAGAUCCAUGUCAUGUGCAGCAAGCAGUAUACCCAGUCGUCCAGACAUAUCACGGAUCGUGGAAGAUAAAAUGCGGGAGGUCAGGCAGAAAGUGCUGAAGUUUGGAUACGACGCAGUGUCUGCAUUGGCAAAGAACGUGCAGAUCAGCUCGGCAGACCGGACAGCCUUGAACGCUUGUUACAAGCCAUUGGUUAACGUCUUGACGUCAGUAGUUCCACCCGAAAUGAUCAACAAAUUGACAUGUGCUGCCAGAGUGCUGCAGAUUCCAUCAAACUUCAGUCUGCCUGACGUAGACAGUGUCUUCCCUACUACUCCACAAACAACGCCAACCUCGCUCAACUGCAGUCAGUUUCAGUUUGAGGGAAAGUCUCGUGAAGAUGUCGUACAGGCCAUCUCUGGAGACGUAUUGGUCCUGAUGAAUAACUUCUCUCGUCCAGAGAUCCGGCAGGCCAUGGAAGCAGCCAAGAAUUGUGUCAUGUCCAGCUCAGUUUCCAAUAGGGCUGCCGCGUUCGCUCUCAACUCUCACUUGGAACAACAAGGUCAACGCUUUGAAGGCUUGUUCCGCGCUGUACACCCCAACUCAACCUCGGAUGAAAAUACUGGAAAUCAUCAAGGUAUUUCUGAAAGCGACCGGAUGAAAUUCAAGAAAUGCUUUACCGAGUUCAAGUCAGUGAUAAAUUCGAAAUUACAAAAUAACCAGUUGUCAAAGGUGAUGUGUGCAGCACAAAAACUAAACAUAUCACUUGACCUAAAUGUUGCUGAUAUGGAUAAGAAAUUUCCAUCGAAUGGUCAAGCAUCAGAAAUGCGAGAACAUAAUUGUGACGAAUAUGCUUUUGAUAGUAUGGAUGAAGAUGAGGUGAUCCAGUCUGUUGAGGAUUCUGUUGGUGAUAUAUCUUCAGAUUUUGGAAAAGAAUUAUCUCAGAAAUUUAACUCAGGGAUGCAGUGUUUAAGAGCCAACAAUUUCGAAAACGACGAAGCGUUCAAUGCAUUUAGAAAUCAGUAUGGUGAAAGGGGAGAGGAAUUUGAAACAUUUUUCAGCCAUAUCAGACGAAAUAAAACUUCUAAACCAGGAAUGUGUCCACAGCUUUCAUCAGACAGUGUAGGAACAUGCCAAAAGACAUGUAGAAAUGAUACCAGCUGCGAUGGUGCAAAGAAAUGUUGUUCCAACAAUUGUGGCAGAGUGUGCAUGAAUCCAGUUACAGACCAGAAUCCAAAUAGACAGGAUGUCCUUUCUGCUGGUGACCGGAUGAAAUUCAAAAAUUGCUUUACUGACUUCAAUUCGAUGAUACAUUCAAGAUUACAAAAUGACCAGUUGUCAAAAGUGAUGUGUGCAGCACAAAAAUUAAACAUGCCACUUGACCUAAAUAUUGCCGACGUGGAUAAGAGAUUUGCAUCGAAUGACCAAGCUUCAGGAAUACGACAAAAGGGUAACUGCGAUGCACAUCGGUUUGAUGACAUGAAUGAUGACGAGGUGAUCCAGUCUCUUCAGGAUUCUGUGGGUAAUAUAUCUUCAGAUUUUGGAGAAGAGUUAUCUCAAAAGUUUAACUCGGGGAUGCAGUGUUUAAGAACCAACAAAUUCGAAAACGACGAGGUGGCCAAUGCAUUUAGAAAUGAGUAUGGUGAACAAGCAGAGCAAUUUGAAAAGUUCUUCAGGCGUGUUUCUCCCGAGAACAGAAUAGAGAAAUGUCCGGCAGGCAAAUGCGGUGACAGUGGGACCUGCAAUCAGACUACUGGUGUCUGCGAGUGUCACAAUAAUUACACGGGAAUGUUCUGCCAAAAAGUGCCACAGAUAAAAGUUGACCGAUGUGCUCAUGUCAGCUGUGGUUCAAAUGGUCACUGUGCUUCAGAAACUGGCAACUGUGUUUGUAAAAACAGAUUUACUGGAAAGUUCUGUGACAUUGAUGGUAAUCCAUGUGAACAGAAGCCAUGUAAAAAUGGAGGUUUCUGUUCUAGAGUGAUGAAGUCACCAGGCUACAAAUGUCUAUGUAAAUCAAGAUACACUGGCAACACCUGUGAUACACAGAUUCCCUCGCGCCCAUGUGACAGUCAACCAUGCCUCAACUCUGGAGAAUGCGUCGACAGUAACGAUGGUCAAUCGUUCACCUGUAGGUGCCCCAGAGAGUACACAGGUGCAACUUGUCAAACAGAGGUUCCGAAACCGUGUGCAUCAUCCCCAUGCAAGAAUGGAGGAGUGUGUGUGAACAAGAUGGGGACGAACUCCUAUCACUGCCAGUGCGUGAAAGGAUGGCAAGGACAGAACUGCACUGAAAGUUCUGGGUGUCGGAGUGAAGUGGAUUGUAAUGACGUUUGUGGUGGAACAGCAAAGUUCCACAAGAAAUGUGGAGCGUGUUACGGAGGCAAUACCGGUAAAACGAAGGAUGACGUUGUUGGAUGUGAUGGACAAUGUGAUCGGCUUGCUCAAAGAAACAAAUGUGGAGUGUGUUAUGGAGGGAAAACAGGAAGAAGCAGUAACCACGGCAUUGAUGCUUGUGGUGACUGUACAGUCAGAAUUGUGUCAUCAUCCACGAGGAGACGCGUUGACUGCAAUGGAGACUGCGAUGGGACGGCUUACUUUGAUCGCUGCUCAGGAAAAUGCGUCGGUGGCAACACAGGUUUGGAUAAAAGCCAGUGGUACGACUGUGAAGGUGUGUGUAAUGGAAAGAUGGUUGUCGACAGCUGUGGCAAGUGUGUUCCUCCCUAUACACUAGGCACCACAGGAAGCCAGUUCAAAGACUGCAGUGGAAAAUGUUGGACCACUCUGUCUAAAAAGAUGGCAGUAAUCAAUGAAUGUGGUCAGUGUGUGAACGACGGAUCCACGGGUAAAGAUGCUUGUGGUGUUUGUGGUGGCAAUGGAGCUUCAUGUCGUGACUGCCGAGGUGUUAUUAAUGGACCAACACAUUUUGAUCCAUGUGGUCAGUGUGGAGGAGAUGGGAGUUCAUGUAACUCCAUAUCGGGAGUUAAACCAGAUAUCAUUCCUUCAGGAGUAGAUAAGACAUUAGUUAUCUCUGGAGCUGGGCUUGCAGCUGGAACUGUGUGUAAAAUCAACAACCGUGACCUAACUGCUCAACGACAGAAAGUUGAUUUGACAAAGUUACCAGUUUCAACUGGAACUAACAUUUUACCAGGACAACACACUGUAACAUGCACGUCUCCUGGACAAACAGCUAGGACCACGGAAUUCACCGUCUAUGAUCCUAAUGUAUUCAAAGGGCUACAGAUAUCGAAGACGGAAUUUGAGAUCAGUGGUGGGACAGAAUCACUGACAAUAACAGGAGCUGGUGCAGACUUCAUUGUGGGGAAGACCAAGUGCAUUAUCACAGAUACAACAACAAAGGACGUAGUGGUUGUACCAGCUACUGUGUCUGAUGACAACUUAAGAACAGCUGUCUGCCCCGUGGCUCACCCAAAACGUCCUACACAGUUACAGUUAGGCUUGACUUUCAACGAUGGAGUUGACCUGCUAAAACAAUUCUCAGUAGAAGCAAAAGUGCCACCACCUACUGUGAACGCUAAUUUCUAUGACAAAAUGUAUGGCAUUGAGGUGACAUUCAAACCUGGAAUAGGACUUUUGGUAAAGAGAUGCAGUGACAUAUUUGAUGCCACCACCGUCUCAGCACUCGGACCAAAAGCCAAGUGUACGUCCUUGUCCAGACAGCUGCUAAUGAUAACGAGGAUCACAGGCACUACAAUUUCCAGUCUGCAACUAAAGAGUGGAGUUGCCAAGAAAGCAGGUGAAUCUCGAGCUGUCGCUGCCUCUGGAACUAUUCCCGUUCAGGCCCCGUCCAACCCUGUACCUCCAGUUGCCGUGAUACGUGGACCGUCAUUUGUUUCCUCCUGUCGAAAUAUUCAAGUGUCUGGACUCACCAGUAAAGGCGGACUUGGACGAGCUCUCACUUACAGCUGGACUGUGACCCCAAGUGCUGGUUUAACUCUAGAGGGUCAGGAUAAAGGCAAAUUGGAAGUCGUGAAUGCCCCGGCUGGUCAGACGUUCACCAUCUCUCUCACAGUGUGCAAUGUGUAUAAUCUGUGUGACCAGACAACCCACUCUGUUCAGAAGUCAUCCAGUGGAAUUCCAGACGUGAAAAUCAGAACUCCGGUCGAUCCAGCCAACGUGAAGAUCAAUAAGAGAGUUAUUCUAAUAGCUGAUGUGCAGCUUUCCUCUUGUGCCAACGAUUACGUGGACAUCACUUGGUCCUUCCAAGGUACAAACGUCCAGGUGGACGAUUCACAGAUUAACAACAGAAAGUACAUCUUCAAACCUGGACAACUGCAACCAAAUGAUGAAGUGGUUGCAACUGUUGAAGUUGCUCUGAGGAGUGACCCAUCAAAGAGCAACACAGCUGACAUAACACUGCAUACCACCACCACUCCUCUCAAAGCUGUAGUCAAAGGUGGUAAGGAAAGAACUGUGGGAAUAGACUAUGGAAAUGUUGCUUUUGAUGGAAGUCUUUCUUACGAUCCUGAUGAAAGAAGCGCUGCAUUAACUUACGAAUGGUCUUGUCAGAAAAUCACUGAUCAGGGUGAAGCCGGUUCCUGUUUGACAGGAAGUGAUACCAAAGACAGAUCAAAGCUACAGAUCUCAAUGUCUCAGUUAGAGUCCAAUGCGCAGUAUGAUUUUAGUCUGCGAAUCAGUCGAGAUUUGGGAAUGACCAUCAAGACAGCUUCAACCAUGGUCACUCUAAAGACACUGCCUGGAGCACCCCCUAAAAUUACAAUGCGUGACUUGACUGAAGAUGAAACACUUGAUAUAUUUAAACCACCGAUGAUUUCCGCACAGAUUGAAGCAAGCGAAGCUGUCACAGUAGCUUGGGAAGCAGAGGACAAAGCUGGUUAUGCAUAUAUAGACCUGUCUGCCUCAGAAAAUGUGCUGAAGACGAUUUUUGAAAAAACAGAAACCAACAACUACUUUGCUGCAAUAAAACUUCAGCCAGAUGUGCUCAAAGCUGGUCAGGCCUAUAUGAUCUGGUGUAGAGUACUGGAUUCAUCUGGUAAAUUACUGUCCAGAAGUUCGGUAGACUUCAAAAUGGCUCCCGGUGUUAGUGGCUGUGAAAUGGUACAACCAGAACCAUACACUGAACUAUCACAGACCACAGUGUCUGUGAAGAACUGCCAAUCAGAUACUGCCAUGAGUUACCAUCUGUCUACAGAGAACGAGGAUAACGAGGAAGAGAGGGUUGGAUCUAAGCAAGAAACAGGAGAUUUUGAGUUGCCUCUGGGACCAAAACCCUCCAAAGACAAUGGCAAUAUAUUUGUUGUUUUGGUGUGUCCAGCAUUUGGAGGAGCUUGCCAGAGUGUGCGUAGUGCAAUCGUGGCUGUCACAAAAUUAGAUGCAUCUGCUCUAGAAAAUAAGGCUACAGACGUUUUAAACAGUGUCGAACAGGACCUUAAAGAAGAUAACCCCAUGAAGGGUCUUUUCCGACUGAAGAUCUUCUUCCUCAGGCUGAGUUCGCAGGUGAACCAGCAGGGCCAGCGGAAACGAAGGGCAGCGUCCACAACGUUUCGAAACAUAGCGAAGAGAAUGAUCGACUUGGCAGCAAAAUCCCUGGAAACCGAAUUGGACGAGGAUAAAGGCAAGGACAUCUUGGACACUCUCCGACCCAUCCCGCCAGAAGACACAAGCGAUGAUGAUUUUGAAAAAGUCGUCUGCCAGAUGAGCUCAGUGGUCGAUUUCAACCUCAACAAAACCGUCAAGAUGCAGCCAAAUGAUAUCAAAAACCUUCACAAGUGGAUCAAGUCUGCUGGUGUGAGAAAGAUCGCAGCCAGUAAGCUGUGUGGUUUGGAGGAAAAACUUCGCAAAGCUCAGAGGAUAGGAAUGCAGUUUGGAGAACGUCAGGAUCUGAACUUAACUGAUCGUCACACCAGGAUUCUGAACUCGAUCCCCACAGACAACCUGCCAACAAAGGAUGGUGCUGAUGCAGCUGUAGUUAGCUUUGGAAGAGCUGUGAGGAACAUGUUUUCGAAUGGUUCGCCUGUUACCAUAGAGAUGGAGAGUUUCAAUGCUGAUCAAAACCCGUACAGCACGCCUGCAGACAAGGAGAAGGAGAGAGGUAGUCCAGUCAUCGCCAUCACACUGGCUGAUCCCACAACAGGUGAACCUUUGACCUCUAUCAAAGAUCUUACUGAACCAAUCACGAUCGAGAUGCCAGUGACAAAGACACUACCUAACAAGGUGCUGGUGUGUCACUACUUCGACGAGGUCACCCAGCAGUGGUUGAAGGAAGGUUUGGUCACUGACUUGCAGACAGCAGACAAAGUGAUCUGUAAGACAACUCAUCUGACAGCCUUCGCUGCCUUCGCUAGUGAUUCUGAAAACUCACCUGAAGAUCAAAACAUGAUGCCAAUGAUUGCUGGAGCAGUGGCUGGUGUUGGUCUUGUGGUCAUCAUCGUCCUCGCAGUCAUUCUUUACAAGAGAAGUAAACGAAGAAGGAACCUUAAAUCCUCGAGAACAUCCGUGGUGACUCCAAUCGGCCACAACAUCUAGUCAAAUGAAUGCCGACAUCGAGAUUUUCUCAUAUGCAACAUUGUGAUUCUGCUUUUAACCAAUGGACAUUUUAAUUUAAUUUAUUAUAUUUAAAAUCUAUAUUUCACUUGCCACAAAUGUAUAACAGUUGUAUUCCACAAGUCACAUAUAUUUAAUUACUACAAGUGAUACUAUUGUUAUAUACUGGAAUUUCAUUUGUUAGAUACAUGUUGAUCCCAUUAUAACAUACAGUACCAAACAGUGUUUUUUGUGUUUGCACCCCUCCCAGGUAACUUUCUUGAUCCUUCCAUGCAUCAUCUUCAUUCUGCAUGAAGUAGGUAAAAAAGAUAUAUUUUUAAAUAAUGGCAGUCAUAUUUGCAGCAUGGUUACCAUGGACACAAAUGUUUAAAAUGGUUAUCAGAUAAUUCAAUACCUCUCAUUUAAUUACACCUCAUAAACUGACAACAAGCUUUGUGAUAAGCUUGGCCAUUAUUUUGUUUUCGUGAAGUCUGUAUGAAAAUGAGAGGUCAUAGUUUUUAUUACAUGUUAAAUUAUUGUUGAAUUGCAAUUUAUUUAUUAUGAGGUUAACAAUAUGUGUAAUAUAUAGUAAGAAACUACACUAGCAAUUUCAAAAUUGUUAAAUCUAUAAAGAUUUUGAAGAUAUGCAUUUAUGUCCUCUAACUUCUGUGAUAUAUUUUGUCCAUUUUAUUACCCUGUAGAGAAUGCCAAUGUUGUAAUGGUAAAUCUGUCCAUUGUUUUACCCCUAGCCAGCAUCAGUACUGGGGUAUGAAUCCGUCCAUAUUAAUAAACUAUGAUCUUGUUUCUGUGAACUGUUCUGUAGUUUCUGUAUUUUGUUUAGAUGUGCAAUACUAUGACUAUUAUUUAUUGUGUUACUCGUAAGUUACUAAAAACAGUACUUAAUUUUUAAACAUUAACAAUAUUGAUGUUAAUCGUUUUAAGUGUUGUUAAAAUCAGGAACUCUUUUUCAGAAACUAUUAAUACUUGCAAUGACUUAAAGCAGUAACACAUUAAAUAAGUAAAUAUCGUAUAAUUAAAACUAUAUAGUAAUUUUGUAGGUUUUUUAAAUAGUAAUUAUGAUAUAUAUGUUGUUUCAUAAAUACAGGGUGGUUUAUUGAUAUUGUGUUUGUAAUGUGAUUGUAAAUUGCAAGAAGUGAUAAAAUUACAACUUGUAUUACCAGUAAUUUGUUAUAAUUUGGCCAGGUGAAUAUACCCAAUACUCAAGGAAGGAAGGAAGGAAGGAAGGAAGGAAGGAAGUGUUUUAUUUAACGACGCACAAAUGACACAUUUUUACAUUGGUGAUAACAUACAAAUCGUACAAGAAAUUAUUAAUGUAUUUUUGUCAAUAUUAGCAAUAGAAAAGGUUUUAUGAUAUAAUAUGCCCGGUAUAUAUACUACAAGUCACAACGGUAUUUUAAUCAACCUUAUAGACAUGUUAUAUAUUUUAGUUUUGGUAAAUUGCUUUAAAUGUGUUGUUGUAGACUUUAGAUACAAGGGCUUUUCCAAUAGUAAAAUAUCUGAUAUUAAAUGAAAAGUAGUUUCAGUAACUAAAAAGGCUAUAAUACAGUUUUAAAAAGAUGUUUACGACGUGACAUAAUACUACAUGUAGAAGUAACAAAAAAUAUUUUUAGUAUGUAUUAAAAUAUUUUAAAGAAAUUAAUAGAGCAUCUCAAACAAUUAUAAACAAAUCAUGAGUUGCAUAUUUAAUAAUCACCUCAAUGAAAGGCUCUAGAGAAGCCAUUGUUGUUAUUUAAAAUAAAUGUAUUUUAUUUAUAUAUAUGUUACUAUGCAUAUAUUAGUUAUAAUAACGGUUCACCUGAAAUGCUAAAUGUUAGAUGUAUUUUAGUUUUCUAUUUCAAUGACCUUCAAUGACAGUGAUUCUGAAUGAAGAAUGAAGCACACUACCAUAUCCAUCUGCAUGGAAAGAAUGAAUGGAUGUUUAACCACACGCCAGAACAAAUUAUACACUGGCUAUCUGGUGUCACAGAAUGGUAAACAUCUGCUUUUAUUAUGAAAACGUGUUACAGACCACACCUAUAUAACUCUGAUCGGGAUUCUAAACAGGAUUAAAAUAUAUACAUUUUCCAAUUGUUGGGGAUGUUCCAGAAUUGAAUUACUAGUAAUGCAGCUGGAAACAAUUUUUAACAUUGACAAAAACAAUAAAUAUAUUUGAAAAAGAUCUUUCAACCCCAGAUUGGCAAGCUAAAACAUUUGGAAAUCUAUCAUCACAUGUAGCCCAUAAUUAAUCGGUGAAAGGUUUUCUGUUUUGUUAUACAUUUCAAUAAUAAUAAUAAAAAAAACAAAAACAAAAACAAUGGUCUUAUCUUCAAAAAUACAUUCUAUGCAGAUGGGAUGAAUAGUGUACUGACCUCUGAUUGAUCUAGUUUUUGUAUUUACAAUAGACUUUUGUGUUCAAAUGCUACCUUCAAAUGCAGUAUGACAGUGUAUUACCCCAAUGGUCACUAUCAUUACAGAAUUAGUGUUAUGCCAUUUGAAUGGUUACUAACUGUUACAACACUGUCCAAAACUCAUGUUGCUAGUAAAUAUUGUUAGUACAUGUACAUGUGUAUAUAGUUUUGCAAAAAUGCAGUAUUUUGACAUACAAACUAUAGAUCUAUUAUCACCGUAUUUCCAGUGCCAGAAGGCAACUGAGCCGUCAAUAAAUUGCAAAAGUGGGGAUGAAAUCACACGAUAGUACAAACUUUAACAAAUAUCAUAUAUCCACUGCUGGAAUGCUUAUAUCCUUAAUUAACUGAAUUGUUAAUCACAUGAUAAUGUAAAACUAGUUACUACACUUUAUUGUCAAUAAUAAAUUCCUUCUUAACAAAACAAACUCCAGGCAAUUAAGUUUACAAUACAAUUGCACAAUACUAGAUUAUUUAGAAGAUUCAGUUCCUUGUGUUUUGGUUCCAGUAUAUCCUUGUUUUUAACAAGACAAAGAACAUUUUAGUAUGUAAACUGUCAUUUAAAAAAGUCGUAUUUUCUAAUACUUCCACUCCUAUACUCCAUGGCAGUGUUUGUCAUUUUGGUUUGUUGAUCAAAAUAAUUAUUGAGUCACAUAACAGAAGGAGAGCAUUACAUACAUAACGACCUUGGAAGUAAAAACUAGAGUCACCAUUUAGCAAUUGUAUUGUUUCACCAGACCGUGAAAUAACAAAUGUAUGCAUACAAAUGUGGUCUAUUUUUAUAUCAAGCUUACCUGAUGGCUCCUUCUUUACAUAUUGUUGUUUUGUUUCAUUCUUUAUCUUUAAUAAAAUGUUUAUUUCUGAAA